GCCCCCAGGCUUCGCGGCGGAUUUUCAGUUCGGUUAUUCGCAGGUCCUCUUAACGGCUGCCAGCUGCGGGAGCCUAGUGCCCGGUCCCCCGUUGCCAUAACAGCAGUAUACAACGCCUCCUUCUCCCUUGUCCUCUACCAGACAGCUCUUCUCUCUCGGGGCCAGACCUCUCCACGACAGCUUCUGGUUGAGCAGAACCAGGGGCGAGGACCCAGCCUGAUCUGACUCCAGAGCUUUCAGCAGGGAAGACAAAUGUCAGAUGAAGAUGACCUGGAAGACUUUGAGACAGACCAGGAUGAUCUGGAAAGAGAAGAUGAUGAGAAGGAGACAGAGGAGUGGGAGGACUACAGGAAGGAGGGAGAGGAGUCUGAGGAUUGGAUAUCCACGCCCCUCACAGAGGACAUGAUGAAAGAAGGGCUUUCUCUGCUCUGCAAGACGGGUAAUGGACUGGCUCAUGCUUACGUCAAGCUGGAGAUUAAGGACAGGGAUCUGACAGACAUCCACCUGUUGCGUUCCUACAUCCAUCUGCGCUACGUGGAUGUUUCUGAAAACCACUUGACAGACUUGUCCCCACUCAAUCACCUCACCCACCUGCUCUGGCUCAAGGCCGAUGGCAACCAGCUUCGGAGUGCCCGGCUGAACGAACUGCCCUACCUGCAGAUUGCCAGCUUUGCCUACAACCAGAUCACCGACACAGAGGGCAUCUCUCAUCCUCGUCUGGCCAGCCUGGAUCUCAAAGGGAACCGCAUCCACAUGGUGACAGGUUUGGAUCCCCAAAAACUGAUCAGCCUGCACACGCUGGAGCUUCGGGGGAACCAGCUGAAUAGCACCCUGGGAAUCAACCUCCCUAAGCUGAAGAACCUCUUCCUGGCCCAGAACAUGUUGAAGAAGGUGGAAGGCUUGGAGAACCUAAGCAAUCUCACUACCUUGCAUCUUCGAGACAACCAGAUUGAGACUCUGAGUGGUUUCUCCAAGGAAAUGAAAUCAUUGCAGUACCUCAACCUAAGGGGCAACAUGGUGGCUGACCUGGGGGAGCUUGCCAAGCUGCGGGACCUACCCAGGCUGCGAGCUUUGGUGCUUCUGGACAACCCAUGCACCGACGAGAACGACUACCGCCAGGAAGCCCUGGUGCAGAUUGCUCAUCUGGAGCGCCUGGACAAGGAAUUCUAUGAGGAGGAGGAGCGGGCUGAGGCCGAGGAGAUCCGGCAGAGGAUGAAAGAGGAGCAGGAGCAGGAGGCUGAGGUCGAGCCUGAGUCGGAACUGGACCAGUCAUCCACCUAGCAGUUCCCCUGGCCUCCAAAGACAGCGAUCGGGGGACGCUGGCCCCCAAAACUGAGAAGACCCCAGUCAGGGGGAGCCCCACACUUAGACCCACCCUCAUCCGGAGACAGAAGAUGCCCACUUUUGUCCCAGACCUGGGAAUUCAUCACAGCGUGCCGCCCAGGCUCCUCACAGGCAUCUGGGCAGCGGUGACUAGGCGGCAAGCAGCUCCGGGGGGCAGGUCUGGAGGGAGCCAGGCCUCGAUGGGCCCCGGGUGCUGCGUGAAGAAUCUGCGGAGGAGCUGUGGAGGCGGCAGCCUGGGUGUGAGGAACAGUUUGCUUUUCCAAUAAAGAGACAUUGGGAUA